CUGUGGAUAAAUAUUAAUCCUGGCUUCUCCGGAUAUUUAUUUUCCAGAUUACGUAUGUGUACAUGGAUAUAGGAAAACUUUUUAACAGUAUUUCUAAUGGUUGCGUACUACAUAAACUUAAGCGUUUGUUUUCCUUCUACUGUUGCCAUUUCUGUUUCCACAAUGCAUACAAUGCCGUUUCAGUAUCCGUUUCGCAUAUCCGAUAGUCUUGUGGUGUGGGCGUGGCCUAAAGCCUAAACCAUUCCUGUCGUAGCAAGAGACAUUUGGGGAUGAAUGGAUUCUCGUUUCCAAAAUAAUCAACAAUGGGAGUGACCCAGUUGACAACAUACGUAGAAGAACAUCAUAACGUUUUAUUCAAACAAAAAGUUGAUGUCAAAGGAAAAUGUCUGAUGUUUGAUGGUAAUUGUUUGUAUCAUAAAUUAUCGAGGAAGGUUCCUGCACGAUGUGGAGGAGACUAUCACAUGCUGUAUACAGUAUUUCAGAAAUAUUUUGAAACACUUCGACAGUGGCAUGUGGCACCUUAUGUUGUUUUAGAUGGUGGUAGUAACAUCCCCAUUAAAAAUAAUACAAUUUGCCAACGGCGUGAAAAAGAAAUAAAGGUUAUACAAAAGUUGGCACAUAAAAGUGACCAUAGCUUACCAAAACCUGUAUUGACGAUGGAAAUAUUUAUUGAAGUUAUGCAAGAUAUGAAAAUAAACUUUGUUGUUGCAAAAAAGGAAGCAGACUUAGCAGUGGCUGCACUUGCCAACAAGAUAAAUUGUCCAGUUGUGAGUCUUGACAGUGAUUUCUUUUUGACAAAUGUCAUUCAAGGUGUAAUCAAAUUAGAUAGUGUUUUAUAUGCCUCAAAAGCACUUCUCUACAAAAGAUCUUACCUGGCUGAUCACUUACAGUUAAGUGAAACUAUGCUACCAAUGCUAGGUGUAAUAUUGGGAAACGAUUACAGCACAGAACAAUUGUUGAGACAAAUACAACAGUCAUGUGGUGCGUGCGUAAAAAGUAUUAAUUCUCGUGUAACUUUGAUAUGCAAUUACCUUCGUAAAUUUACAUGCCCGGAUAAUGUAGUGGAUGAUAUUUGUAGUCGCAAUAAAGAGAUUGAAGUGGCAUUGCAAGAAGAAAUUUCAACCAUAUUGAGGGAAUUUGAUGUUGAUAUUGAUCAGGAGGACUGUAAUGCCAUGUAUACGAUCUUGUUGACACAGAAAACAAGUCUUAAACAGUUAGACUAUGUUGACAUUAAAAGUAGAGAGGAAUAUGUUUACAAUAUGUGUAGUUUCGGUUUGUUAUCUCCGUUUGCUGUAGAUAUAUGUACCAAGAAAACUCAUUUUGUCAAAAUACAAUGUGAGAAUUACGAAAGAAAAGCAAGCUGUGAACUAUCAACAGAACUGCGGUGUUAUAUUUAUGCUAUUCUUUUGGCAACUUCACCUGAAGAUCAAAUUUGUGUAAAGGAGUUCAGACGAGCUGGUAACUACUAUAAACAGUUUGAUAUUGAGCUUACGUUAACAGAGAUGCAGAGAAUACCUCUUGACAUAAUUCUUGGAAAGUACUCGAACAAAGAUAAACAAAGAUACCUAUGUGACUUAGUACAGUUUCCAUUUGAAUCGUUAAUUGGAAUUCAAGGUCCAUAUGUUUUGUUUCUUCUCUCCCUAAAGUAUUGGAUCCAAGCUACUUUUAGAAAUGGUAUCAAUUUACAAGUGGAACUUAUACAAAGUCUACUUAUAGCGUUUACAUAUUAUUGUCACUCCUCUUCACCUUUAAAGUUUAAGCAAAGACGAUUUGAUGUGGAUGUUGCCCACCACUUUUGUUCCUGGCAGUCAAUUUUUUACUACUUGCGAUUCUUGAACGACCUGAUAGCACGCCCUUUUCAGUGUCCUCCAUCAAAGAGCAUAUUUAAUGGCGGAGACGCCCACUGUGUCUACCAAAGUCUUCGCACUGGUGAAGCUGCUGAAAAUCUGUUAACAAGUUCCCAACGUCAGUUAUAUGACGAGUUUUUUAAAAUCGUUACCUCUGGUGUAAUGGAAUGCAUUGUUGUAAAAGAGGCUAGGAAAGGCUCCAAAAAGAAGAGAAGUCAAGUAAAAGUAGUAAAAAAGAAGGAGUGCAAGCAAGAGAAUAGAUUCGCUGCUUUGAUGGUUCCAGACGAUGAAGAACCAUCCAAUGAGAUAGAUCAGUAAAAUAAAAUGGAUUUGUUUUCUGGUUGCUAGCAAAUUGUGAAUUUAUUAAGUUUUUGGAACUAGGUGUAGCAGCCUUUCUGUUAUGAUCGUUAUGUGAACUGAAUAGAAGUUACUUUUUAUCUGCUGUUCAGUCCUCAAAUCAAAUUUUCCUCGUGCAAAAAAUUACCCGAGAUGCGUCGGUUACAAAACUUUUUCUUAUGUUUUUUUUUUUUUGAUUUUUUUGUUUGUUUGUGAGGGAGAGAGAGAGAAUGAUUUAACUGGUGAUAAAAUGUGAUUUGUAAAAAAGAAGUUAUUUUAUACUUUAGAUAGUUUUUUUCUGUUUUUGUUUUCUUUUUUUUCAUCUUUCCAUUCUUUCUGCUUGUUUGGUUUUUCUUUAUCAUUGUUUAUUUAUUUUUACUUUUUUUCCGGUGUUUGUGAGAGCUGUGAUUUGUCUCCUUGAAUUUUUUUAUCAACCUUUUAUAUUGUUAAUAACUUUUAAUAUUUUUUAAAAAUACAUACAUUUUAAUUA